UGAACAUGGCCUACAGGUGCACGCGCAUUAUGCAUUGCCGGGUUGCAUUCGGCCGCGUGCUGUGCACUGUAUUUCAGAGUAUUUUCUGUACACGUUGCGCUAAUAUUCUGCCAAUUUCUUUACCGGUCGACAGUGUGUUUUGAACUGGUCAACAGUCGCGCACAAGCAAAUUUCGAAUGCGGCCGAAAUGUUGGAAGAUGUCCUUUUAGGUUCGGAGGGUAUGCUUACCCACAUAUCAAGGACGCCAUGCCGGCGAAAGCACCAUUCAUGGGCGAUCCGACGAUGGGGGCAGCUCAACACUUCUGGCCAUGUGUAGAAUGGAAUGGCUGCCCACAGACCAGAGCUCGGGUCGAGUGAAUCCUGAUGUGAGCUGUGAGGCCUGCAGUAGCACUGGUGGAUGCCCAGGGGGAGAGUCUGCAUUGGCAAGCAAGCAACCUUUGCGGUCAGUGCUGCUGGCUUGUCGCCGUCCAGGUUCCCACGAAGAUGACGCCAGUCUCAGUGGCGCUGUGGAGGUGCGGCACCUGCCACCAGGUGUGUUGGUGCAGCUGGUGCCUCAGGACGAGAACCACUUCCACCUGGAAACGGCCGACACCCAAAGCGUGCUUUCUCUCUACGUCCAGAAGGACUUCAGGUACUUCUUGCAGCACCCGUAUGCGCGGCUCUUUGUGUCAUACUUUGUGGUGUUCUGCAAUUUCCUGGUGUUUGCCGAGGACCCCAUCUCGCACAGCCGCGCCGAGAGCGAGAUCCCGGUGUUUGGCAACGUCUUCUCCUUUGUCUGCACCAAGUACCCGCCCGAGUGGGGCUGGCGGUGUGCCAAGGUGUUGCUGUGGCUCCUAGCCCUGUUCUGCGGCCUCGUCUGUGGCAAAUACUUCAUCCACCACUUUCUGCUCCGCAACUUGUUUCGGCUGAAGAUGUUUCGUGAAGAGCAAGGCACCUGGAUGAUAAUGCUGCUGACGGUGCUGGUGUUUGUGUACAUGCUGUCACUGGUGUACAACGCGCUGCUGCUAAGCGGCCACCCGCGGCCCGACCAGUUUCGUAUCAAUGCGCUCAUGGGUGUCACCAAUGCCAGCUUCAUGAAAGUGGCGGCCUGUGGAACCUGGCUGGGCGACUUCCUCACUGCAUGGAUGGUGACCGACAUGAUGCUCCAGGAUGAGCUGUAUCCCAGCUGGGCGCCUGCCUUGCGUGCCUUCUGGCAGAGCCACGGUCGCACUCGCAUUGUUGUCUUCUGGUCCGUGUCGCUGCUGCUGUCUGCUGUCGUGAUCAGCCUGAUCGUGAGCGACCACAUUUCGUGGGACUACCUGAACCGCGAGUUCGUGGCCACCACCGAGCUGUCUCGUGCCUUCCUCGCCUCCUUCAUCCUCGUCAUGGACCUGCUCAUCGUCAUGCAGGACUGGGACUUUCCGCACUUUGUGUGCGACCUGAACAUCAAACUGCCUGGUUUGCAUGCGGCCUCCUUCAAGUACCACAUGUUCCAGAAGUAUGUCCACUUGCCCGAGAUUGUCUUCCACAUUAGCGGCAAGUGGUUCAACUAUGGCAUCAUUGUGGUGGUGAUGCUACUGGACCUUAACAUGUGGAAAAACCAGAUCUUCUACCAGCCAGAGGACUAUGGCCAAUACACUGGUUUCGACAACAAGGUGCGCACCGUGGUCAACUAUGCCACAUUAGCUACAGGCAACCGGACUCUGUGGACCCUGGAGUACAGGCUGAACCAGUUGAAUCCAGCCACCAAUCGCAGCCUGGCGGAGGAGGACAUCCUCAUGAACUCGCGCUACCUGGGAUACCCACUAUCAGUCAAGGGGCUGGCCUUCCUGCCUUCUUUGCUGGGAUUUGCCAUGUUUGGGGUGCUGACCUACUUGUAUGGCCGCUUCCCACCCAAGACGCAUGCAACCGCAGGUGGUCGACUGCGGCCGUCGUUUCGCUCCAGCUGGAAACAAGGUUCACGCCCUCCAGUGGCCACUGCCAGCAUAGGGGGACAGCCAGCUCGCCUCGUGGUCUGCUGGGAUGCACGCUGUGGCCAGACAUCAGCCAGCAAGGCACCCUGCUGACUUUGUGCCAAGCUCUUGGAAUGCUGGCAAACAAGGUCUCGCAGCUGGCCCAUGACUGGCAUAGCUAAAGGUGCUGCCGCAGCUGAGAGGAACAUAUUUUGAUAAUGACUGACCUUGACAGGUAGGAUGAUAUGCAAAUUUUAAAGGUAUGCAAAAGGAAGGAGUGGAGCUGCUCUUAGAGGAAAAGAAAUGGGUUGCACGAGAUAUUUGUGCGGCCACCCUAGUACAAAGACCGGUUGAAUGGUUGGUGAGGUACUGUUGCGCCAGGCAGUCAUGGCUGCUUUGUUGAUGGAUUGUCUCACUUGAUCAGUGUUGUUGAAUCACUGAGCAGGGAAAGUUUCCUUGGUGGUGAAAGAGCAGCAACUGGAAUGUGUGGACAGUCCCAACUAUUGCGAGCGUAGUUGACGGGCAGAGCCGAAAAUUUGCCAUUAGUAUAAAACCUACAUCAAUGCUUUCAUGUGGUUGCAGAUGGCAGAGUUGUGUAUAAGAAACACAGACAAGAAACGUUUAUUGGAGCUAAAGACAUUUCAGCUCUUUACCUUAUGUACAAUGACCCACUUUUACGUUUGUCGUUGGUGUCUUGUUUAUUACACAACCAUGCAAUAAUGUCAAAGUUGAUAGUGAUUAUAGAACUACUUUGAAGCCACUUAUAACAAUAGCAGUGAAUACAGGUUACUGGCAGAAGUUAUCUCACAAUGACGUUAUAAAAAGCACAGAAGGAGCAACAUGAGAUCUUUUUUGCUCAAUGCAAGCUUUUCUGUGAAAUGAAGUAAAACUUCAUUAUAACUAAGUUCCAUCUGACACGAAAAUAUCUUUUCUUUAAUCCGAAAAUUUUUUACAAAUGUAUGAUCAUAAUACUGGCAAAACUAUCCUUCAAUUACAUGGCUACAGUCGAACCAACUUAUAAUGAUCCUGGUUUUAGCAAUAUAUUGGUUAUGACAAUGAGUAGCUGCUGCACCGUCAACCCUCACAACAAUGCCCGCAUGCUGCGUUAUCGACUGUAACAAUGAAUUCCGGCUGCUGGGUGUCCGUGCUGAAAGGUAAUGGAGCGCGAAAUCCUUGAAAAGCAAGAAUAAAUGGAAGAAAUUCAAGCUGCUGCACUCCCGCGACCUCGUACAAUAGGACCUGUGUUGUAGCCUUCUUGCUCUCGCCAGCCAUGCGGUAUGUAUGUUUCUCCGCAUAGCGUUUGGCAUCGCGGCAAAGCUGGCUUUUGAAAUCCACUACGGCUGCAAAUUGAUUGACUCGUGACAGCGCUGGUUUGAGCCUGCGAGAUGGUCGACGUGGCAGUGAUUGUGGCUUCUGUAAAUGCAGUUUUGGACAUGCAAUUUGAGCAAAAAGUCAGGAAAAUGGGACUUUGAAGAGUUUUCAAAGAGUUUUAGCAUUGGAAGCUUCAGAUGUUCAGACUUCUUUAUACAUUGGCUCUAAGGGGCUUGCGGUGGUGUCGUGAAAGCGUCUGAAUUUUCAAGAAUGCGCAAAAAAUCGGCAGCGGUAUCCUUCUUAUUACUCGUGUAUGUUGGCAUAUCCCAUCCGAUAUUAUAGUUUUCCUGCAACAGGCUUGCCAUCCCUCUUUUUUUUGUAUGCAGCUUGUUUAUAACAGGUUACAGCGAUGGAAUUUUCGUAUUGUUAUAAGUGGACUCGACUGUAUAGCCAAUAAUUUGUCAUGGCGUUAUAGGGAGGUUUGACUUGCUUCAAACAUGAAGAUGAGAGGCAUCACUGCAACGCACCUUCUCUGUAAGCCUUAAACAUCAGAGGUGGUUCAGAGGAGCUUACAAAUUUUAAACCUACGUAAUUAAUUAAGCUUAGGAUACUCGUUUUGGAAGGGUAACGUGACAUAGAUGACUUGGGCAAAAGAAAUAUACACUGCGAUACCAGUGGCGUGACCAGACGGGCGAAACAAUGACAACUUGAAAACGGUGUCAACAAAGCAGCGCUGGGUGAGCGGGUAAAACAUUUUUGGCUGCUCGACAAAAUUAAUUUGUGCUGUCCGUGUACACAGCUGCAUAACUGUUUGUUGUCGCCGCAGUGUAGGUGUUUCAAACACCACUGUACAUUACUGUGCUCUUGUAACCUUUCAUUCACGCAUCUGCCAGUGAGGGGAGUGUGGCUUACUGCAAAUGUGCUCCGAAUUGAUUUUUACACUUUUCCUUGCUCAAGCUUAAGUAACUUGUAAGGAGCUGAAAAAAUUAGGUCGGUAUGUUCCUCUUUCAUGCAUUCUUUUUCAGUCUGUAGGGGUGACUAUGCACGUAACAAAUUAUGGUAAUGUUAAUGAUGACGCUUGCUUACAACAUUUCUCCUCAGUGUUUUUAUUGGAUAGAGUAUGAGUUUCCUGUGGCAUGCAGUGUCUGGCUCACAUUUUCAAAGGAACUGAUCAUUUAUAAAUAGGCAACAUUUUCUCAGUAUGUUCAGAAAAUGCUUCAGGGCCCCUUGAGAAACAUCGCUCUUGCCAACAAACAUACUCGCCUGCGGCAAAUUAUGGAAAAAUGAUCAGGCUGGUGAUAACACGAGACAGCGUCUUCUUUGGUCUAUUGAAUAUCGGUUAAAUACUCAUUUCAAAUGUUUUUUUGCAAAACACGACCCCCAUAUGCAAAAUGUAUGACAGGUGACAUCAUACACGUGUUUGCACUGUGCUUUAACAACUCUUUUCCCUAAAUAUUCACCCUUUAUUUUCUGCCCAAGCAGGCAACGUAAAUGAGAAUCGAAUAUUGAAACCAUAUUUUACCGAUUCAAAGGCCCUCAAAGUCUCUUCCAUAUAUGUAUUUGUGAAACGAAGAUAGUUAGUCGGCAUGUGCUUAAUGUGCAAUCACUGAAUUGUAGCUGUGGUACUGUUGUUGGAUUUCUGGUUAUGUUUUGUGCAUCUAAUCUAAAUGCAUGCUCGACAUUGUUCAGAAGGCAUUUUGUGGACACGACACUGUGAGCUCCAUAGCCAACCAUUGCUCCAGUAAAGUUGUCAUAACGACGCUUUAAAUGUGGCUUCAAAGCCGGAGAUAUCUUAAGAGGAUCACCAAGUAGUUCAAUGUUUCAAUGUACAAGCCUGUCUGAACAUUAAGGAAGCAGCAUUAAUUACAUUAUGAUGCUUUGAGUGGAAAAAAAAUUGAUGGUCAGUUUUUCGCCACAGCUGCAGUGUUUCCAUUCUGUGAAGAUUCAGUGCAUGAGUCAGAGUGACAAUAUUUAGAAUAAAUAAACCUAACUGACUUUCGUUGGUUUGUCCUAAAAGUACUGGCGCACCAUGCAAUAGAUGCGUGUUUGAGUUUGGGCCCUUUAACUGAUGUACUGUAAGCUAAUAGUUUGACAGCACCUGGUGUGUGUUUUAGGAAGCACCGUUUAUGGAACAUGGGCAUGCAAACAUGGAUGUUCCAGCCGAGUUCCAACAAUGUGUGUAUGUUGUGGAGGUUUGUGCUAUUGAGGAAAUUACUAGGGUCUUUAAUUUCAUUAAAUGGCAAUCAGUCAUCUGUGAAAAGUCCAAUCUGAACUGGUUGAUCAAUUAACUCAAGAAGUCUACAGACGAAAAAUAAAGGUGCCAGGCCUGUCAUGCUUCCUCUGGAAUUCACAAGAAAUGUCACUGACAUGCAGAAGUGCGAGUCAUCAAAUUAGUUUUGCGUCACAGGCAAGGUUGAGUGCCUUUUUGUAUUAAAGUCCACAAAACUAAAUGUGCCAGACCAUAUCGGCAGUGGAAGCGAAGUUGUAAACUGUGGAUGGCUUAGUUACUGUAGAAAAUCAUUCUAUAAAGCUUUGUCCUAAGGGAGAAAUGGAAAAAUGUGGUUAAUAAUUGAUGAUGACAUGUUAAGCAGUGGAAUAUUUCAUGCCGUCAUCCAAUCCUCAGAAAUGCUAGAUGCCCUCCGAAGAUCUUGUUUUGGCACACCUUUGAAGGUGAGGCACAAGACCAGGUGACGCUUUUGUUUAGAGACUAGGUUUGAUGCAACAUCGAUUAAAUUGUUUUUAGUAUAACUUUGAUGAUUUUUUAGGUGGGUCAGAAAAGACACCAUAGAAAUAGGUCAUCGACAAUGUCUUGUUUAUCACUGACAACUGUGCCAUCUGCACAGUGCGAUCUACCAAAGGAAACUGGCAAAAAUUUUGUACAGAACAGUUGAUGAAGUGUGUAAGCAAAGUGGUGCUGCUUGGCGUUCCGAGCCUCUUGCGCUUUCCUUGUGCGAUGCUGAGGGCUUUUGCGUGGUGUUUUCUUAAUUUUAUUUGGCACAGAAGACAGUAUUUGUACAGAUGUUUCCCACAGUUCAGUGCAUACACACAUUAAAAGGUUCUGCUUUUGUCAUUUGCCUGCCAAAAAUUUGUGAUCCUUACUGAAGCAGCGCACCCAAACAAAAGACUCAUACUCAAAGUAAGACAGAAGUGCAGGGAGAGUUUUCAGCGGAACCAUCCUUGUGAGCAAUUGUCAAACAUUGUGAUCAGACUGCUUUCAUAAUUAUUUACACCGUGCUUACUCCCCCAGUAAGGGGGCUGGGGACAGCAGAGGGAACUGUGGGUUUGUAUGGCUGGUAGGGCUCUUUUUGAAAAGGGGACGGAUACUAUGAACGACCACCAUUUCUGGAGCAAUGCCAAUUUGCAAUGGACGAUGUUGAUACUAUGCAGUAUCAAUAGUACUAUGGUUAAGCUGAAUACAUAUAUAUAUAUGUAUAUAUAUAUAUAUGUAAGGUGGUCAGAGAAAAUGGUUCUUGGCAUAUUAAGCGCAGAACUUAUAUGAUGGGAUGGGACAGGAACGCAUGCACAGUGGCCAGUAGACACAGAUGGCGCAUCAUUUUUAAUUUCUGUUAAAAUGGCCCCCGCAGAUUUUAUUUCAAUCGGUGCAGAGGGAAUCUCAAGUUUGUGUCGGUGAUGUUGCUGGAACUCUUGGACGACAUGUUGUUAGCUCACUGACACUAUGCGCAUUGUUGCUGAACGCGACAAUGAAUAAACGCCACGAGCGAGGCGCAUUUAAUGGGAACACGUGGGAGACCACCUUACCUUUGUUGUGUGGAAGAAAACAGCCGUAAUUCGGACCGGUGCUUCUGACACCAUUUGUACCUCAUUUGCAAUGCCUGCAUUGACCUGGAAAGACUCUGCUGUAUAGUGGUGCAUGACUGUAUGUGGCAUAUGAAAAGCCCCUUGUACCCAUUUCUUGCCCGAGGAGCAGGAAAGGAGAAGUACGUGUCAUUGGACUUGAUAUAUUUGCGUAAAAAAUUUUGGCCAUCAGAAUGAACGCUGCAUGAGCGAAAUGCCACUAUCCCUUUGAGAACAGGAUGCUUUAGAAUCAGCUGUUUCACAUGGCACAGUCUUGUCUUCUGGGAAGUUUCAUUCGCAGUAGCUUUGAAGUGUGCUGCAAAAGUCUACUUGUGGCCUCGUGUGCAAUCACCUGUGGAUUACUGUCGCAAAAGCACGUCUCCAUGUAUGCAAGAGGCUCCCUCAAUGCCCCAUGCACAAAGCUGUUGUGCACUGUGUGCAAUGUUCACCUGACGCUGCAUGAGCUUUCAGUGUAUUUUGCUCCUUGCAUGUCAAGUUUUGGCGUUGUUGUCACUGGCCUUCUAUACUCCUUACCAAAACGAAAUGCUAUUUAUGAAAGUCACAUCGCCUCAUGUGUGUCCACAUUUGUCAUUUGCUUUCGUUUGCCUUCUUGCUGGAAUUACCGCAAGUGAGAGCUACAGUGUGUUGUAAAUAUGCUACAAGUAUUGGUAAACUUAGUCGGUGUUGUUUACAACAGCAUGUGAGGCUAGUCGAGUUCUGUGACGCACCGUCGACACCCCAAAGUGAUCACGCUUGUGUGACAGAUCCAUGUGUGUGUGUGUGUGUGCACCUGUGCCGCGUAUACUGCCGCAUAUUGCCCUCCGUGAAAGAAACCUGUUGCAAGCUUGUUCUAGUGGUUUACCGGCAAAGUGCUUGGUUUCAACCACAAGCUGGUAUGGUUGAAUGGAAUGCUUGAUGAAAUUUACAUGCGCAUGUCGUACGCAAAGGAAUAGACAUGACUAGGAAUGCCAUACACAAAACUAGGAAUAAAGAGCUUUUUCUGAUGUUGUGAA